AUGCCCCAUGUAACACGCCACCAACUGGACAAGGACGAAUCAAAAGCAGGAAAGGAAGAAACAAGUAGUGCUUUAACAGUUCCUAAUGAGGAGAAUGAAAUAUCCUUGGAAAAUAUAGAGCAAGAUGAUACUAAUGACAAUAAUAUGAAUAACGAUCCUACAUCUGCAGAUAAGGCAUCGGGCAAAGAUGAUUUGGAUCAAGUGGUGGCACACAUUCUAGGAGACGCGAAACCGUCUUCGAAUUCGUGUUCAGUGCCAAAGUGUAAACAGAGUUUGUCAGUUCUUAGUCACACUUGCCAGUAUUGUAAUAUGAAAUAUUGCAUAACACAUAGGCAUCCUGAAGCACAUUCACAAAAGUGCGUCGAAAAGGUCAGGAGCAGCGCACAUGCUGGGUUCAAGCAAGAGUCUAUGCGUUUUAUCUCUCAAGAAAGAAGAGAUCCCGGAUCAACAAACGCCAAAAAUUUUAAUGCCGAGAAAAAUAAAGAGGAACUUAAAAAAAGAUUUAAAGAAAAAUUGGAUAAAAUAAGGCGCGAAGAGAGAGGUGGCAAAGGAAGAUUCCUUAAGGGCCAGCAAUUGCUUGGAGCGGAAAGCUUCAUAAUGAAUUUGGGCCGUG